UUUUGAACACACGGCAGCCAGCUACACAACCUGCUAACUAGCUGAAUCAUUUGGUGGAAGUCUGCUACCUCUUCUCUUGUUGAUUGUACUUGUCUUGCAGUACAAUGGCGGCAAGAUACGACAGAGCUAUUACUGUCUUUUCUCCCGAUGGUCAUCUCUUCCAAGUAGAGUAUGCACAGGAAGCUGUAAAGAAAGGAUCCACAGCGGUGGGAAUCAGAGGCAAAGACAUUGUUGUCCUUGGUGUUGAGAAGAAAUCUGUGGCAAAGUUGCAGGAGGAAAGGACCGUCCGUAAGAUCUGUGCCCUGGACGAGCACGUCUGCAUGGCAUUUGCAGGUCUGACAGCAGAUGCCCGUAUUGUGAUAAACAGAGCUCGGGUUGAGUGCCAGAGCCACAGGCUAACUGUCGAGGAUCCAGUCACAGUGGAAUACAUCACACGCUACAUAGCUACACUGAAACAGCGCUACACUCAAAGCAAUGGGCGCAGGCCAUUUGGCAUCUCUGCGUUAAUUGUCGGCUUUGAUGAUGAUGGAACUCCCCGGCUGUAUCAGACAGACCCGUCAGGAACCUACCACGCCUGGAAGGCAAAUGCAAUCGGCCGUAGCGCAAAAACUGUGAGGGAGUUCCUGGAGAAGAAUUACACAGAGGAAGCCAUUGCUGGGGACAAUGAAACCAUCAAGUUGGCCAUCAAAGCUUUGCUUGAGGUUGUCCAGUCAGGAGGGAAAAAUAUUGAACUUGCCGUUAUCAGACGGAAUCAGCCACUGAAGAUUUUGGAAUCCAAGGAAAUUGAGACCCUGGUGGCUGAGAUUGAGAAGGAAAAAGAGGAAGAGGCAGAGAAGAAGAAGCAGAAAAAAUCCACCUGAAGCAGUUAGCUAAGGGGUUUUCUUUAUUGUACUUGGAUGACAAUAGCAUAUUUGGGUUGCAAAUAUUAGUAAGUUUCAGAGGGUUUACUUCUAACAUUCAUUUCUUUGUGAAGAGCUAAAUCAUAACUUGAGAUCUGAUGAUGUUCAAAUGUUUUACAUUUGUUUCUGAGUGAUACUGCACCAUCUGCAAAGAGUUCCUAUACUUCCAGCUGUUGAGUUUACUGAUGUUUAAAAACACAUAGAUCUCAAUUUAGGAUUUAGAUCUUAAACUACGCUUACAUGAUGUUUUUAUAUCAUACACCAAAACGGCUCCGAUGGUGAUGAAUCUCAAAUGCUGAAAUAAACCCGAUUUGUAACAUUCAGAAACCUAUACGGAAACUAAAUACUCAAUAAAAGCUGACUUGUUUGUAA